GGGAAAUGAGCUGUCAUAUGAUGUCUGUAUUUGAACAGAGAAAUAGGGAAGUGAAGCAGCACUGAAAGGUUCUGAAGAAAGAGGAGAUCAACAAGGCUUUAAAGAAUGUAGGACAAUGUGCAAGAAACAGGGGUCAGCAAAACAAGACUCAGACAAAAAUACUGACGGAAAAGCAAGAGGAGGCGAGAAAGCAGAGGACCGGGGCCUGCAGUGAGAAGUGGACUGUGGAUUUCGAGGGAGGGCUUCCAUGGCUUCCCCAGCAGUCCGGGGGGAGAGGAAGCCCCUCCUGGGGCAAGAGAAGUCCCUAAACAGGCCUGCUUUGUCCCCCUUUGAAGGCAGAAAGGCCGCCUGUGCGGCUGUGCUGCUGGUGGAGAUACUGGAGCGAGCGGCUUUCUUUGGCAUCGUCUCUAACCUCGUCCUCUUCCUCAACAGCAGCAACUUCAACUGGGGUGGGUCUCAGGCUUCGCGGGCAGCCCUGCUGUUUCUGGGUGCCUCCUACUUACUUUCGCCCAUUGGAGGUUGGCUGGCUGAUGCCUACCUGGGCCGUUACUGGACUAUUGCCUUCAGUUUCCUGCUGUACCUGGUGAUGGCCUGCCUGUUGCCUGCCAUAGCCUCCCCGGAUGGACGGCUUUGGCUGUGUGGAGAGAUGCCAGCUUACCCUGUACAACCUUCGUGCCAAAAAGGUGACAAAACAUGCCAGCAGCAAUUGCCAGGUCAAUAUUGUGGCCCCGUCAUGUACACUGGCUUGUUGCUCCUUGCCCUGGGCAUCAGCUCCAUCAAAGCCAACCUCACGCCAUUCGGGGCUGACCAGGUGACAGACCGCGGCCGGGAUGCCACACGACGUUUCUUCAAUUGGUUCUACUGGAGUAUUAACAUUGGGGCGGUGUUCUCUUUGUUGGUAGUUGCCUUCAUCCAGCAGAAUGUAGACUUCCUUACGGGCUAUGCCAUUCCUGCUGUCUGUCUGGCCCUGGCCCUCUUAGUCUUCCUCCUGGCUGCCCCCGUCUUUGUCACGAAGCCUGCUGCUGGCAGCCAAGUCUCCACCAUGCUCCACUUGGCCAUCCAGAACAGCUGCUGUGGCCAGGCUCUUCAGAAAUUGACCACUAAAAUCAGAACAGGCAGCCCCCAGUCAGAAACUGAAGUUACUGGUUCACCUUUAGGUACAAGACACCAGCCUGCUGGGCCAUCACAGGAAGAUGUCUCCAACUUUCAAGUGAUGACAAAGAUCCUGCCUGUGCUGCUCACUCUCAUCCCAUAUUGGAUGGUUUACUUCCAGAUGCAGUCAACUUACUACCUUCAGGGUCUGCACCUCUUCAUCCCCAACAUCUUUGAUCAUAGUUAUUUGAAUAGCAGUGGUUUCUUGGCAGCUGUAGAUGGGGAAUACACGCUCCCAGACGCCUGGCUACUUUUAGCUAAUGUGGUGGUUCUGCUGAUCCUGGUUCCACUGAAGGACCGAGUCAUAGAUCCUUUCCUGGCAAAGAGGAAGCUGUUGCCUUCAGCCUUAAAGAGGAUGGCUCUAGGCAUGCUCUUUGGCCUUGGCUCCGUCAUUAUAGCAGGUGUUCUGGAGACUAAGCGGCUGCAAUAUGUGAACAACAAUCAAACCAUUUCACAGCACAUUGGGAAGGAUGAGUAUGUUGCAGCCUCUCUUUCCAUCUGGUGGCAGAUCCCUCAAUACUUACUCAUCGGAAUCAGUGAAAUAUUUGCCAGCAUUCCAGGGCUGGAGUUUGCCUAUUCUGAAUCUCCAAAGUCUAUGCAAGGAGCCAUCAUGGGUCUCUUCUUCUUCAUUUCUGGAGUUGGGUCACUUUUAGGAUCUGGCCUUCUGGCUCUUCUCUCACUGCCAGACACUGGCUGGAUGUUCUGCCCAGAGGAUUAUGGAAACAUAAAUAAAUGUCGAAUGGAUUAUUAUUUCUUCCUGCUGGCUGGGAUUCAGACAGCAACCUGUGUCCUCUUCGUCUGGAUUUCCAUCCGCUAUGAGCAUCAGCAGCGAACCUCCUGUCUCCAGUGCCCUGGCCGUGAGGGGAACUGAGAUAUGCGCCUGGCCUCUUUCAGGACUAUGAGCAGAGAGGUUACGCUGGCCAGGUCUCUGCCUGCUGUCCAAGAUCAUCCCCACAGCACGUUGUUCUCUUGAGGGGAUGUUAUAGAGGCCAAUGGUUAUAAGAAAGGAUUAGAGAAAUUUAGUAGGGGGUGGACCCAUCACGUGCAGCCAGCCAAAAUACUC